AUGAAGCUCCUGGGGGAAGCCGUCGUCCGGGACCUGCCCCCGGCCCGGCUUCCUGGCGGCUUCUGGGCGGCCGUGGCCGUGUGGCUGGAGAAGCCGCAGGUGGCCAACAAGAGGCUCUGCGGCGCACGCCUGGAAGAGGCACGGAGGCUGCCCCGGCCCGGAGCGGGCCGGCCCCGGGGGACGGGCGCGUCGCCGACCGCUCUGGACGCCGCCUGGGAAGCCGUCUGCUGCUCCAGCUGCCGCCGGGAGCUCGGCCUGCUCCCGGCGUCGGGCCUGGGAGCACCUCCCCAGCAGGAGGUGGAAGUGCUGCUCCGCACCGUGGUGCCCAAAGGCAGCCUUCCCGCGCCCGCCCAGGAGGUGGUCGUCAAAGAUGUUUUUAAUGGGACUGUAACCUUUUUGCCAUUGGAGCAAACCCAUGAAGGAAAAUACAAGAUCAAGAAUUGUAACAUUUAUCAAAUUCAACUUCUGCACACAAAAGACAACGAAUGGUCUCUCUCAGUUUUAUCACCGUCUCCAGAAAACUAUAUUUCAGAUGGAAUUCUGUACCCCAAGAUAACAUGGCUUGGAAAUGAACUGCUGACUAAACUGGCUAAAUGGUCCGUGGAAACAAAAAAGUGUGAAUUUAAGAAUACGCUCUCUCUUGUUUCUGUAGAUAGAUAUAAUAACACUUACCAAAAUUUAAAGGAAAAAUACAAAGAAAUUGUUAAGGUGUGGCCUGAAGUAACAGACCCUCAGAAAUUUGUAUAUGAAGAUGUUGCUAUAGCUGCGUAUCUGUUGAUCCUUUGGGAAGAUGAGAGAGCUGCCAAAGGCCUGUCCAGAAAACAGUCUUUUGUGGACCUUGGUUGUGGAAAUGGUCUUCUGGUCAACAUACUAAGCAGCGAAGGGCAUCCUGGUAAAGGGAUUGAUGUUAGAAGAAGAAAAGUAUGGAACAUGUAUGGCCCACAAACGCACUUGGAGGAAUGUGCAGCUAGUCCGAACAACCUGUAUCCAGAUGCUGACUGGUUAAUUGGAAAUCAUUCUGAUGAGUUGACGCCAUGGAUACCGGUAAUUGCAGCCAGGUCUUCCUAUUCUUGUUGCUAUUUUGUCCUGCCUUGCUGCUUCUUUGACUUCCAUGGCAAAUUUAAUCGGAGGCAAAGUAAGAAGACCCAGUACAGAGAAUAUCUUGAUUUCGUUACAGAAGUGGGACUUGUAUGUGGCUUUAAUGUUGAAGAAGAUUGUCUCCGAAUUCCUUCAACCAAAAGGGUAUGUUUAAUUGGAAGGUCUAGAACAUAUCUCGCAGCGCAAGGUACUGCACUUGAUGAUCAGCGAGCACAUUACAUCAAUAGUCGUAGAAGCUGCAGGAUGACAAUGCCAGAUAAGACGGAGGGGUUGCAUUCCAGUGAGAAUCACCUGGCUGCUCACAAUGUCAGAGGACUAGUUGCAGGCAGAGAAGGACCACAAAAUACUGCUGGGGAAGGAGCCUUAAUAUGUAGCUUUCAGCCCAGAGGAAAGGAACCAAUCCGAAACUGCACUACUCUCCCCCAAGACUUUGUAGACAGCGUGGUUUUGAAAGUAGCAAACCUGUUGUUAAGUGGAAUCCAAGAUUUAUCUGGAACUUCAGAUGCAUGGAAUCGAGGAGAGAGUCUCACCUUGAGUGAAAUUGCAACUCAUUUAAAUGAGGAUACUUUGAAAAGCCUGAAGAAUGAAUAUGGAGGCCUGCAGACCUUGCUUAGAAACCAUCAUCAAGUGUUUGAAGUGCUCAAUGGAAGAGUUUAUAUUCGUGACUGGAGAGAAGAGAAGCUGCCAAGCAAAAAGAAGCCAGGCGUGCUAGCUAAGCAAAGAGUUUCCUCGAAAGCCACAAAAACCCGUUUGUGUUGGUUUGACAUUCACCAUCCUCAUGGCUGUCCGUUGACUUCCGAAUGCUGUUCUUAUGCUCACGGCAUUGAGGAACUGAGGCCUCCCCCAGGCUGUGCCAAGGAAAAGUUGUGCCAAGCAGUAAGGACUGGCUCUGGUGGACUCCAGGACCCAUUAGGAGCGCUGCACUUCAUCUGAUGGCAUACCCUAACAAUGCUGAUUUUCAUUUCUAUAGUAAAAUGCCAAUUGAAUCGCCAUUUUUCAAAAUAAUUUCAAGAUGUUUUAUUUUUGCUUUGUUUUCCUUUUGUUUUGCUGAACAUGCAAAACAGGUUCAUGGUGAGGAAAAAUCUUUUAGUAAAAUGUGGCAGGUAAGGGUCUUGCUGUUGUGUAACGUGUUGCGGUAUUAACUGCCUUGCAUACACACACUUUCUCUGGGCCAUUUUUGUUAGUCUGUAGGACAGUCACGGAAUUUCCCAUUUCCCCCUUUAUGAAAAGUGAGUUUUGUUUUGUCGCUUUAAAAUUGUCUCAGUGAUGGCAUGGAGGAGCUGGUUUUUGCUCGCUUCCUGCUUUCCUGGCUUCACUGGUCUCUGCAUUCAGCCAGGUGCUACUCGUUGGCAUGUUCAGUUGGUAAUGGUGUUUGUUCCAUUCCGGCACAUCAAGAACCAUAUUUUAGGGUUCUUUCAUAGGUUCUUUAAAACAUUAAGAUACCUGAAAUCAAAAUCUCAGGGAAGGCUUCUGUUUCAUUCUGUGCUACUCUGACUGGGGCCCUGCUACGUGGCUUGAAAGCCAUAUUGUGCGCCCGCAUCAGAAUCUUUCCAGCAAUGUGCAAUGGAUUCUUGCGUGCCUGCAGAUUUCGAUCAGAGGGGACAGGAGCAUGGAUGAAUCUGGCUGUUGCGCUUCAGUCCCCAUUGAAUAAGAAACUGCUGUGUGAUCACAUCUUUGUCUUGGACAGGCUUUAUGGCAACAGAUUCCAGCACUGAGAUGGGGAGUCCUUCUUGCACCCAAAUCUGCUACCAUGUCCACUUUUAAACAGGACUUUUUUUAAAAAAUGAGGGGGAACCUGGUAAGCAUAGCCAGAGGCAGGCAGAGGGUGAAGACCAUAAACCCAUGUGGCUUCUCUGACUGGAAGGAGGAAUGGGCGUUCAGCCACGUUGGCUGCCUUCCUAGAUAGUUUUAAACAUUUGCAUUUCCCUCCUAGCCAAAAACCAGGUCUCAAUUCAUUGCUCUCUAACUUCCAAAAACUAAGAGAGUCCCGUAGCACCUUUAAAGAAGUGUAGUGUAGCAUAAGCUUUCUUUGUCAGGCAUGAGAGAACCAGAGUAUAUUGAAGUCAUGUAGUUUGGAUUUGCUGGUAAGCAUCUUUUUUUUAAAAAAAAGCAAGUGAGAGAGUCAGCCAAUCACAGGGAGUAGUGUUGGGCAGGUAACUUAGUUCAAGCUGCUCUGAAUAAGGCUUCUUGCCCACAGGUGGCUGCAUGUGCUCUUGCCUUUCAAGGGCAGGGAAGAGGAACAUUUCAACGGCUAACAAAUGUGUCAGCUCUGAAUGGUUUCUACAUUUCCAUCUUGAUAGGCCAUGAGAAGAAAGUUUCCAUUUUUGCAAACCUGUAAACAGGUUUCUGACAGGAGAAAGAGACUUUAGGGGCUUAGCUUACAAAUUGAGGCUUUGACAGAAGUUGACCACACUGAGUGUGACCAUUGUCACACUGAGAAUGACAACUAAGAAAGCAAAAGAAAUGGCUAUAGCAAAAAUGCACUUUGACAGGGAACAGUGUGAGUGUGCUGAGGGUGUCUGCAUGUAUGAGAGGGCACAGAAGUGUGGAGGUUACAUGUUGUUAAUCUGCUCUGAGCCCAUGUGCGGGGAGAGCGGACUACAAAUUAAAUAAAUAAAAAAGCAGAAUCUGCUGCUGUGCAUGAAGUGAGGGGCUGGCAAGGUGAGUGUGGGUUAAGGUUGUGUAGGAGCAAGCUACUGGUGUAUGUUUUGGUUUGUGAAUGUGAUGUGGGGUUGAAGAGUAUCUUAAAGCAUCCUAUGUUGUGAUCUGGCAACAGCCUGCUCACUCAUCUGCUUCUAACAUACGUGCACCAUGUGAGUGUGCACCUUGAACAUAUCUACAGUUUAUUGUCGAAGGCUUUCACGGCUGGAGAACGAUGGUUGUUGUGGAUUUUCCGGGCUGUAUAGCCAUGGUCUUGGCAUUGUAGUUCCUGACGUUUCGCCAGCAGCUGUGGCUGGCAUCUUCAGAGGUGUAGCACCAAAAGACAGAGUUCUCUCAGUGUCACAGUGUGGAAAAGAUGUUGGCAGGUCAUUUAUAUCUACUCAGGAGGGGUGGGGUUGAGCUGAGUCAUCCUGUAAGAGUUUCCCAGGGUGUGGAAUGCUAAUGGAGGGAGGCUUCACUGUAUCCUGAGGAGGUUCUUUUGCAUAUGGAUUGGUGCUUGAUGUACUAAUCUUCUCUGCAGGGCUAUUGUCGGGCAUAGAGUGUUUUGUUAGCCCGGUGUUUUUCAGGGCUGGAAACCAUGUUCUAUUCAUUCUUAAAGUCUCUUCUUUCCUGUUGAAAUUGUGCUUAUGCUUAUGAAUUUCAAUGGCUUCCCUGUGCAGUCUGACAAAGUAGUUGGAAAUGUUGUCAAGUAUUUUAGUGUCCUGGUAUAAGAUACUGUGUCCUGUUUGAGUUAGGCUAUGUUCAGCCACUGCUGAUUUUUCAGGAUGGCCAAGUCUGCAGUGUCUUUCAUGUUCUUUUAUUCUUGUCCGGAUGCUACGCUUUGUGGUCCCAAUGUAAACUUGUCCACAGUUGCAGGGUAUACGGUAUACUCCUGCAGAGUUGAGGGGGUCUCUACUGUCUUUUGCUGAACGUAGCAUCUGUUGUAUUUUUCUGGUGGGUCUGAAUACUGUUUGUAAGCUGUACUUUUUCAUAAGCUUUCCCAUCUGAUCAGUGCUUCAGCUGGCAGGCAGGCAGACACUCUCACCUGCCAGCUGGAGCCUGCCGCAGGGUUUUUUUUUAUAAUUUUUUUUU